GGACUCACUCCAUCAGAGACAACGUUCGCAGCUGUUCUCGGCGACUCUGACCAGCUCGCGACCCUCAAGCAUUGGGAGAAUGUUCUCGGGCGGAAAGCUAGUCCUAGAAUCAUCGCGCUCUUGAUGGAGCGCCGCGCCAAGGCCAACAAGUCGGUCGCCGACUUGUACGAGUAUGCGGUUUCUACCGGCAUUCCUCUGGCGGCUCCAAUGCUGCAACUCUUCGUCAAACCCCUCCUCACCCUACGCGGACUGGAUAAACCUACGGAGCGGUCGAUCGACAAAGCCUUGGACCGUUAUCGCCACUUUGUUGCGCAUCUAGACGGUGUCAAGGAGACGAGUCCGUCAGCAACCCAGGAGAAGGACCUAUAUCCGCAUCGAGCCACAUACCAGCUUCUCCUCCGUGCCAUGACCUCCACUGGGAAUGUGCCGAAGUACUUGCCAAUCGCCGUAUCGCUCGUCUCCGACAUGCGGCGGUUCGGCGUGCAGCUCGACUCCCCGAGCGCCGCUAGUGUCAUCAUCCUUCUUAUGCACGCCUCUCCCACUCCCGAGGAGGCCUUCCGCAUGUAUCGCCUCAUCGCGCUUCCCGAGGGCAUGUCCGGAAAGGAGCCCGUCCUGAACGAGGAGGGCUACGUCGGGAUCCUGGACGCGUUCUGCACGCUUCCCUCGUGGCCGAACAACAUCCCCUCCGUCGAUCUCUACUUCAACAUCAUCAGCGACAUGCGCAAGCUCGGGAUCCCGCUCGGCCCCAAGGCGUACACCGUCAUCCUCGCGCAGAUGGCGCGCCUCGCGACCGCGGCCGCGCACAAGACGGACGCCGCUGCCGGCGCGCGUGAGGCGAUCGCGAAGGCGAUCGCGCGCAUCCACAACCACCUCAACCUGAACCCGUCGUUCACGCCGGACACCGCGCUCUGGAACCAGCUCAUGGACGCGUACCAGCGUGCGGGGUGCUUCGCGGAGGCGUGCCGCAUCUGGCAGACGCUGUUCGCGAGCGUGCGCUUCAACCGCGCGAGCGUGAGCAUCAUCCUCGAUGCGUGCGCGUACGCCCGUGCGUACGACAUGGCUGUGCGCGUGUAUGGGGCGCUGCUCGAGGUCGAGUUCCCGAUGAACGUCAAGAACUGGAACACGUACCUCGAGUGCCUCUGCCGCCUGGGCCGGCUCGACGAGGCGAUGAAGGUGCUCUGCCUGGAGAUGACGGGCCGCAGCGACGGCGUCGAGCCGGACACGGAGUCCGUGCGCAUCCUGCUCAAGUUCGCGGCGAGGGAGAAUCGGGAGGGGGAGGUCCGGGGCCGCUUGAAGCGGUUCUUGCCUAAGCUUUACCGGGCUGUGAUUGAGUCUUCGCAAUAAUGUAUCUAGCGCUUUGUUUAUAAUGCCGACCCGUAUAGGAUGUGUGCUGUAUUGCGAACUACUAUGGUAUGCAAC